UUCCUAAUUCUUUCUUUUUCCUUUUUUGUUCUUUUUUUUCUUUCUUUUUCUCCUUCGUUGUUUCCUUUCAGGAAAAGAGAGAGGAAACAACGUUCUUCUCAGAUUCUUUACCUUCCUUUUUAAGGAAAACCCAAAAGAUCAAGAAAAAAAAACACGCUUUCAUAGUUUAGGGUUUCUGACAGAUUCUCCGGCGAAAUUCAAUUUCCAAAAUCUCGGCAAUGUCGACGAUCUCGCCGUCAUUUGCCGUAAUUUCGUUUCUUUUACUGAUUCUUCUGAAUAUAUCUUUGGUUACCGGUAACAACAUUUCGACGGAGAUUGCUGAAGGAGGAGAGAUCAUUAAGUUACCUUCGGAGAAGAUCAACAACAACGGCGAUAAAAACAGAGGCGACUUCUUCUGUCGAGGAACGGUUCAACCUGCUUCGUGUCCGGUUAAGUGUUUCAGGGCUGAUCCGGUUUGCGGUGAAGACAGCGUUACUUACUGGUGUGGUUGUUCCGAUGCGUUGUGCCAUGGUGUUCGUGUUGUUAAACAAGGAGCUUGUGAUGUUGGUAAUGGCGUUGGUUUGUCUGUUCCUGGACAAGCUCUGCUUUUGAUCCACAUUGUCUGGCUUAUGCUUCUUGGCUUCUCUAUUCUCUUCGGCCUCUUUUAAAUUUUUCGUUUUGAAUCAUUCAUUAGAGAGAUUGCAAUUAGGUUUUGUUGAGAUUGCAAACUGCUGAUGAAUCUUCUUUUGUUUAUAAUCUUUCUUUAUUGAUCUGUAUUGAAAAAAACGACCAUUAUUUUGGUUUGUUUCGUACAAUAGAAGCCUUUUCGAAUC